AUGACGCUGGGUCACAAACUGCGUGUUAAUGGGUUGAAAUGUAUUCAACGUAGAAUGAUAUUCGUAUCGUUGUGGUACACGCAGAUCCUGUGGAUUAACCCCAACGGCAACAGUAGGCAAAGUAGUUCAGAGUCAUUUGAGCAGUACUUCGUGGUUCCGAGCUGGUUGUGGGCGCGAUACAAGGAGGACCUGAUGGAGAGGAUGUGCGACAAGGCUGCCUACACUCGCCUCCUCCACGGACUCGGGUUCGAUUUCAUCCUUCUCCCACAACACCCACUAAGUGACGUCACCAAGAAGUAUUUCAUCUAUCAAGAUAUGCAGAGGUUUUUAUUAUAUGUAUGUAGAAUUAGGUUUGAGCAUGUCAUGUGGUGCCUUCUUAAGGGCGAAGUAUCGGUCAGACCUCUUUCAGUUAUUUCCCAAUCUAACAUUUUGAGUCAUGGGAUUUUGAGUCAAAGUAGCUCAUGUUCAUGGCUUGUCAUUCCAAACAUUGGCCCGCUAUGUCACAAAAGCGUCAGCUGCGCAUCCUGGAAAAAUUGUCAAAUUCAAACCAAACUUUGCAACACGGAGAAUAUUUACAACAGAACAGGAAAAAAGUCUGAAAGAAUAUAUCCUGACAAGUUCAAAAAUGAUUUGGCAGAUCUUUCUAGAAUUUUUAAUCUGGAUCCUACUCAUAGUAAAUUUAGUUCAGAGUCUGGCUAUACUGGACAGCUAGCACCUGUUACAUUUUUAACGCCGGAGCAAUGUAAGGGAUAUUCAAAAGCAGGAAAUAGAAAAACAAACAACAUAGGUAGAAAAAAAAGAAAAAGUCUUAUAGCUACUGACACUCCAGAAAAAACUCUUCUGGAAGCUAAUAAUAUAAAUAAAAGAAAAUUAACACCUACAUUGAAGGACAAAGCCAAAAAAAUGUUUAUUAAAGGACUUUACUAUAACAGAUCCCAAGAAAGAUAA